AUGUUUUAUCGCAGUAGUAAUUACUCUGUUUUAGUCAUGAACAUCGUCAAUUAUGGCAAUUUGACUGUACAAACUACUCGGUAUGCAAAAAGCGUUUUAAACAUGGGUGGACAACAAAAAUCGCUUGAUGACAAUUUUGAGAAUGGUGAAGGCAACAAAUUUCAAAAGAAAGAAAGUCCCACGCUCCAUCAAUGUAAAGAACAAAAAGACUCUCAAACCCCUCGGCGGGAUCGGUCUCUUAAAGUUUCAAAACAUCCACAAAAUCUUCCGAAGUCAAAGACCGAUUUUUUUGAAAAAAACGAGAAAGUCAAAUUUUCACCGUCCAUCGUAAAAAAUGAAAAAUCACCUCGACGAGAAAAACGUGACACUCCUGAAGUGAUAAGGCAGCGUGGUCUUGAAAAAGCCACACUUCUUCUUGCUCAAAUAGACAAAGAGGUAUCAGAGAUGUCGAUCUCUGAUAUCGAUCAGUUCUGCCACCCCCAACAAGGGCUUUCAAGUACACCACCAAAAUCAUUUGUUAGCCUCUUGCAAGAGUACACAAACAAACACCACUUUGCUGUCAUUUUUGAUUCGGAACAACACAGCUUGGACACUGCAACACUGUGGAGUAUAUUAAAAGGGCGGAGGAACAUUAUGAUAGUUAUAGAAGACACACGAGGAGACGUUUUUGGGUCGUUUCAUUCGGUAGUUGCGAAUGGGAUUGGGAUCUACUCGCAAAAGGAUUUUUCGCACUUUGUAUUUUCGCUGCAAAACACGUCGAACUGUCCAACGAAGUUUGGGAUCAAAAAACUGGGUGAAGUGUUAAAGAUUAGUGGAGGAGAGAACACGCUACUUGUGGUCAACGAUUUCAUUCAAUUGAACCGAGAAGAAUCGUUCUUUGUAACGCCAAAGGUGUUUUGGAGAACGUUUUUGGAUGACACGGAUAAAGGGACCAAAUUUAUAAGUGGGGAGGAGAGGGGGUUUUUCAUUGAAAAUGUUCAAAUACUACAAUGGGAAGAUUAA